AUGAGAGACUGGGAAAUAAUACGAAUGGGAGAAAGAAACCCUUCUCUUUUUGAAGCUAAAGGAACCACCGCUUCACUUCCAACGCUAAAAAGAAUGCUGAAAUCCAUGGGGUCCCCUUACACCACGUAUGAGCUCCAUCGCCCUAUAGAGGACGUAGACACCGACAAGGACAGGUAUAUUGAUAUCGAUGGGAAAUCUACGCCCAAGUGUUGA